AGGCAUUCUACUUCAUGAAGAAAUCUUCUUUGAUAAUGUAGUUUUCCCCACACAAACCCAGGAGCCUGUUGCUUUCACCUAAGAAGGCGACUAGUUCCCUAUUGUUUCCAUGUUUUUGAGUUCGAUAAUUUGUUUUCAUCUUUGAUGUUUCUCCUCCGACCUACAGAUCUGUCUCCCUAGAUUGUUCCUCCUUGUGAAUUCAUAAUUCUUGUAUUUUUUUGAAGAGUUGCAAGCGAUCGAAGAAUGGGAUCAACAAGAUGAGUUCAGGCACACAGCAGGUUUCUCCCUUGAAAAAGGGGCGCGUGGAGCUGCGCAUUACCGAGUAUACUGGCACAUCUACGUCGUCGUCCACAGGGUUGCUUCACUCCCCUGGCCGCCAGGACAACCAAGACUUCAAGUCUAGACUACAGCUCUUCGGUUGGGGCGAUAAUUCUUCGAAGCAGAGACUACAUCAUGAACAAGAUGACAAAGCACGAGGUGGACUUGGUCUUGGACAAGAAGCUGGUGUUGAGAUGAACAAGGACACCCAGCAGAUGAGUCAACUACAUGUCCUUCACCAUUUAGCUGGUAAUGCCGAAGCUACGCUUUUCCUCAAAAGUUGUUCCAAGAAUAGGCCUUUUUUCGUUGGUCGCAACUUGCUAUUUCGCGAAGAAGACGAAGAAGCGGAAGAAUUCUCUCAGCCUACAGCAAUAGACUUGGAUGAGUUUCAAAACGUAAAAGUUGCUGCUCUAGGCUGCGGCGAUCAACACUUUCUGGCCUUGACAGAAGAAGGUCUGGUUUUCAGUUGGGCCUGCAGUAACGAGUUCGGGCAAUGCGGACGUGGGGUAGUGAGCACGAAGAAGAGUUUGCCUAAUUUGGUUCCGUUUUCUACAUCAGCGUGGACAAGACCUGCUGACGCUGGAACGACAACUUCUACUUCUAGUGUAGCACUACAACAUGAUCAUCAAAGGACUAGUGCUGGUCCUGGUCCAUCAUCAACUACACCGCUAAAGAAUGCUUUGUCUGCUUCUUUAGGCCUACUUGGUUCCGAACUCCACUUCACGAAUCGAGCGUUUAGAGCAAAACAAGUCGCUUGUGGUGAGAAUCAUUCCCUCAUCUUAACCGAAGCAGGUGAAGUCUUUGCUUUUGGCAGUAAUGUUUUGGGUCAGUGUGGAGUGUACUACUCGACGUCAGACUUGAAAACCGGGAUUCAGAGCUACGCAAAAACCCCAGGAAACGAGAGUUCUAGCACGCGAGGAGUGAUCUUGAACGAGACGUUGACGCCGAAUUUCUACGUGUUGGAAGAUGGAGUGGACGUCAUGAAAGAUGGGAAUGGGAAUGGAGGCACCUCAAACGCUUCUGGAGGACGUGGUGGAGCUCCUUUAACAUCAGGUAUAUCAUCGCCACCCCUAACGAUCUCAUCUCCAGUCCGCGUAGAGGGCAAACUAAAUGCUAUGCCAGUGCGCCAGAUUGCGUGUGGCAGACAGCACAGUCUAGCUGUGACAAUCAGUGGUACGGCCUUGAGUUGGGGCAGCAAUAAGCGUGGACAGUUGGGGAACAGAAGUGCAGGUGGAGGUGGUGCAAGUGGACGGCCAAGAAGUAGUUCUACGAACAAUGGUUCGUCUUCACUUUUGAACAAGGAGAAGACCACCACGGCCUUUUUUCACCCUGUCGUCGUGGAUCUGCCGUCUUCUUGUCGUCUCGUUGCUGGUGGCGGUCAGCAUUCUGCGUUCGUGUUGAAGACUGGACAGCUGUUUUUGUGUGGAGACAACUCCAAUGGACAAUUGGGCCAGAGUGUGGAGGAUGUCUUCUCCAGUGCAAUACCCUUAGAGGUGCUAUUCGGCAAAGCCUACGACUUGCAAGUGCGCGCAGUCUCAUUAGGAGACAGGCACUCCGUCGCAGUUUCGCUUGAUAGCAGGAUAUUUGCAUGGGGUCGCAACGUGGAGGGACAAGUGUUGGGGAUGAGCAAGGAAGUCAGUAGUUCACCUGCAGCGGUAGUGGAAGACGAAGAGGAUGUAGAGCGGGAAAUCGACGAAGUUCUCUCUCCGAGACUCAGUGGGUUGAAGUUGGAUGAAGAUGGAAAGGCACCUGAAGCUAUGUUGAAGCUUGCUGCAGCAAAUGUUGCCUCCAAGGAGAAGGAUGACGAUGACGUAAAAAUGGGUUCGGACAGUAACCCUGUAAUAUCGUCUUCAUCAACCUACGUCGUAGCACCAGAUGAAGACAACGUAAGCGUGGACUACGUCGAAGCGCCUGUGCACGUGCCUUUAGAGGCUUUGUGCAAACCGGAUACAUUGAUGAUCCGAGAAGUCUUCGCAGUAGCUGAUCAUACAAUUGUAGUGGCAGAAGUUGUGGCGGAGCACGACCAGCAGGGUACAGGGUCAGCAGGUUCAACAACACGUGGUCGUGGAGGUGUAGGUGCUGCUACAAACAUUCGAGCUACCGCACCUGCUAGUUGUAUGGUUCCAGGAGGCGAGCAGGAGGAAAUACAAGAACAAGGUAAAUCUCCUACAACAUUAUCUGCUAGACCUAAAAGACUGGCAGGCGAGGAACCUGAUGGCAAAAGACGGCGCAUCGAUGGCCACGAUCGAUUAUCAUCGUUCGAUGCAGCAGCCGCGGAAGAUUUUAGAGCCUUGGCAAAAGAAGCGCUUAUUUCUGCGAUGUCGUCUUCGUCACGUGCUGGGGAUCAACCUGGGUCUGGGGAUCAGAACAGCAAGCAAUCAUCUCCAGUUCAGGACCUCGGCAGCAAAGAACAAUCAACUUUGAUGUCAGCAGACAAACAAGUUGUAGACGCUUUUUUAGCGGCAUCUCAAGACCCGAGCUCAGUGCCGCAAAAAAGGAAAACGCCACCAGCAGAACUGCAGGAUAUCGAGGAUUUGUUUGUACGUCGUCCUAGUCGUGGGAAAAGCGAAGGUGGUCGGUCGUUAAGAGGUUCUUUUGCCUCGACUAGUAGUGGAGGUCCUGCUUUGGUAAAACAAGAAGAUAUUUUUCAUCCAGCCCCAAGUCGUGUUUUCCAACAUCAGCAAUCAACAUCGUCGUUGUCGGCCCCAGCUGAAGAUCCUGGUGUCUUCGGUGGAGCCACUUCUUCAGAGUUGAUUCCUGCGUCUUCAGGUGGUCUAGUGUUGACAAAUUUUCAACCUGCUGUUGCAGAAGUUGCUGCAUCGAGUUGUUCUGCCAACCAGCUAGAAGGAUCCCUCCGACCUCUCGCAGCAGCCCGAUCCGAAAGUGAGCGCUUUUUGCCUCGUGAGCAUUCCAGAGGAUGCACAAGCGAACAAGCAGAAAGCAUCAAGCUGCACAAAGCGGCACAGCGAACGAGCAAAAAGUUAACACUGUUGGGCAAUGCGGACAAUAUUGCUUUCUACAGUCUAGACAAUAGCUUCUUUCACAAUGCUGCAGCGACGUUGGCUUAUCCUGGCAGGGAAGUGCUUUUCCAUGGCUCUGGUCUUCGAGGCGUGAAUGUCCAGCUUGGAACCGAGCAUGGAGGUGCAGCAGUUGGAUCUACUUUCAAAGCUCCUCUAGGAGGUUCAUCAUUUUUCCCAGCUUCUAUCCUCCCUCAAAAACUCCUCGAAGAGACAAAAACCUUUCAAGCCGCGCUUCUAGGCGCUUUCUCUUGUCCUUCGGUUUUGAGUUGCUGCUUCGUCUUCAAGGGUUUGCAGUUGCCGAAGAUCGACGUGGAUGGUUUCAUUUCUGGCACUGCACAAGUCUGGAAUUUGGCGUCGGCAGCGAGACAUUUGAUGCUUGCAGAGGAUUUAGAUUUGGCGUCGCCUCCUGGAGGACCGUCGCCAAGAGUUAACGCGCCUAGUGAUGAAGCUAAAAAGAGCAACAAGCAGCACGAAUCUUCUCCAAACACCCAACAGCAAGAAGAGGAUGUGGAGAUGAUAUCCCGCAUGGACGCUAGAAUAGUGACAUCACCAUUGGAUCGCGUCGUUGAGGACGACGAAGCAGUCGAGCCACUAGGAAGAAAGCAGUCUGCGCAUUGUCACUUCGCGGAGGCGUUGGUGGAAGAGAAGGAUGUUGAAGAUGCUGACCCUGACGUUGUACCGGAGACUGUUAUUGGUUCAUCAAAGCCUUCUGAUGUUCAAAGUACAACUAGUAGGGCAGCAGAAGCUAAGUGGCGUCAGGAUUGGGAGAAGAACGUGCAAUUGCUAGAGCGCACUGUGUUUGACCAGUGGUUACUGAGUGUGCAAGCUGGCUUGGAAAAGAUGCAACCUUCCAAUCUAGUUCAUCGAGACCAGUUGAGACCAUUGGUCUUGUACUUGCUGUCUCCUGUCUGGCAGGCAGCUGGCGCAGUGUUGGCAGUCGACGAUGGCGAAGACGCGGAUGGAGGUGAUCAUCACGGCAAAGAACACUUAAGGACUGGAGCAGGAGGCAACAUCGGCAUGAUCGGCGGUCCUGCAGCAGUGUCUUCGCGCGCUGGCAGUAUCCUCGGAGGUGGAGGUGGUAUUUGGGUAGGUGGUAGGAUUCCUAGUUUGGUUGAUAUUACUCGAAGAAGCAAAACUGGAUCUAUGUCAAGAUCGGGGAGCAAUGCGGUUGUACAUCAUCUAGAGGAGCAACAAGUGAUAGAGCUGGAUCGAGAACAAAGCCAGGGAGAUCUGACACGAGACACCACAGGGGUGACAGGUAGCAGCGACGCAGGUGGAGUUGGACCAACUCAACAAGUAGAGCAGGGGGAGAAGAACGAGGACAACGGGAACAAGUCUGUUCUUGGAUUCAGCGGGGACACACCUGCACCUGUAUGAAGCGAAAAAGUGUACUCAUCCUCAAGAAAGUAGGCCCCUUCUAAGUAGGAAAAAGCCUCUUUUCUUGAGUAUGAGUACGCUUUUUCCUGUCAUAACCUGGAGGCGACAAUGAUGUCCGACCUGCACCUGGAGGCGACAAUGAUGUACUGGUAACGAAAAAAACCGAGGAAUUGCGUUCACACUUUGAAAGUAUUGAAAAGAGACGUGAAGACGCUCUGAUCGCGGUGUUCAAAUUGCUGCUGAAAACCAUUAUGUGGCUACCUAAAGCAGCGAAGAGAGAGUUCUUGAACAUCAUGUCCCAAGAGUUGACUGCUGCAGCGUUUGAAUCCAGAUUACUGGCUAAUCUGCACAGGAUGGCAAGCAUCAUCUUCUUCAAGCCUGGACACUUCAAAGAGCGUGCAGUCCAUACGGGCGAUGGACGCGAAGCCUACGUGCUGAACAUCGACGAGACUGUCUGGUACUUGGUGCAGUUGUUUGACAUGGUGUAUGUUGCGGCAUUGCCCUACAUGCACAGGGGGAAAAUCAAGCGAGAAGCGUUCCAUUUGAAGCUUCUGUUAGAAGAAAAACCAGGAAUAAAUGUGAGAAACACUGGCACUGCUGGAGGAAGUGAAAGAGCUACAACUGGCAGUGAAAGAACAACAACCGGUUCAGAAGGUGCUAAUACUGUAGAUCAACAACAAGGUGGGACCGCUCCUACAGGAGGAGCAAAUGGUAACUUAGCAGGUGCCGGAGCGACUGGACAAGGGGCAGCUGCACCAGGUGCAGCUGCCUCUUCCUCAGGUGCCGGUGGCAACAAUCCUAGAAGUCGAAAUCUUCAUCGUAGCCCUUCUUCGGAAUCAGGUGGUCAAAUGAACGAAGGUGGGCCGCCUUUAUCUCCUACCCUCGUGCCUCCAGAAGCAGACCUCUACAUGUUCUCGCAGUAUUGCAGGAAAAAGGCACUUUCUCUCAAAUCUAUCGACGAUGCCUGCUUCGACUUCGACAAGAAGAAUCAAUUUUGCGGAGUCCCGCGGUCGAUAAUGAGCUUCAUCGCGCAUCCGCAUUUGUGUCCUACGCGGUACAAACAGAGGGUCUUAGAGGUGGAAAACAGUAUGAUGCAUCAGAUAGCGGCCCAGCAUUCGAUGCAGAGAGGGGUGUUGAUGAACUUGGCGACCGGAGCAGGAAUGCUGAACCCGCAAACGUUGACGAGGGAUGCGGUAAUAUGAUGCUUUUUUCAACAUUUCCCUUUCUUUGCUCGACUGUUGGAAAAAAUUGAUUUAUUUAUACUUACAACUGUUACAACUGUAAGUGUAACAGAUGACUUCUAUAUUAUUUACCCUUUGGGACCGAUCCAGGAAAAGAUCCGAAAAAUCUGCGUGGGUCUGAAUGUUCCUGUUACAACAUUGAACAAACAUUGCAAGAACAUGAUCUUCACCACAGAUAAUGCAAAUGGUCCACUUCGUACUCGAAGUGCGACGCGACCAUCUUGUCCACGACGCUUUCCGUAUCCUCGAGUCCGCUGGAGAAGACUUACUUAUAAGGCCCCUAAAGGUCAAGUUCACCGGUGAAGAGGGUCUGGAUGAUGGCGGGCUCACGAAGGAAUUUUUUCGGCUGUUGUCUAGUGACAUAUUCUCGCCAGCGUAUGGGAUGUUUCAGGAGGUAGUACCAUUGAUCAUCAUUUGAUUUCCAGCUUGAUGAUGAACUUGAUCAUCGUCCACGACUUGAUGCAGCAGAAGGAGGUCCUUGAUGCAGCUUUAGUGCUGCUACGCAUAUUAGGCUUUUAUAAUCCACCUAGGAGGAUUACGUCAUGUUGAUCACUUCGUCUAAGUACUCAUACUCAAAAGAAACACAGCUCCUUCUCCUCAGGUCGAAGGCACUCGCGCCAUUUGGUUUAACCUGUCUGCGUUUGACGUUGGCCUCACUGAAGGCGAUUUCCGUUCGGUCGGCAAGAUCAUUGGCUUAUCCAUCUACAACAAUGUCCAAGGCAUUAACAUGAACUUUCCACGCGUUUUUUUCAAGAAGUUGGUCGGGGAGCCUGUGACCAGACCGGAUUUGGAGCAGAUCUACCCAUCGUAUGCCACGAGCAUAGACGCGAUCCUCCAUUGGCGACCUUCUCCACCUGACGUGAAUGUUCAAACAGCCAAUGAGCAGUUUGAGGACAUCUUUUGUUUGGAUUUCUCAGUGUCGUACAAAAACGCGUUUGACCAAGACAUUACGGUGGAGCUGAUCGAACAUGGCCUGCAGAAGAACGUAAACUACGAAAAUCGAGAGCAAUUCGUAGAACUGCUGACCGAAUAUCUGCUGGAAAAGCAAGCUGCAAAGUUGUUUGAACCACUGAAGGAAGGUUUUCGGCAGGUUUGCAACAACGCUCAUUCCGCUAUCGCAAACACCCUGUUUUCUGACGAAUUGUCCCUGUUGAUCUGUGGAGAGAGGGUUUAUGACUUCGAUGCCUUGCGUGCUGGCACCACGUACGUGGGAUUCUCACCAGAAGAUCCGUACAUCAGACAAUUUUGUUAAGGGUACAAGAAUAUUAUUUUUACAGAGUAGUUUAUAGCGCGCAUGGUGCAUGGAGCGCAGAGCUUUAAGGGGCGCAGGAAGCUCCCCCUUUAGCUCCAUGCUACUCCAUGUGAUCCAUGCACUCCAGGCCAUGCGAGCUGUGAGACCUUAUAAAUUGCUCUGGAAUAUGAGACCCCCCAUUUAUUUCAGAGUCAUCUUGGUCCUCCCGUUUUCUUUAAAGGGACGAAAACGAGGCCCAAGAUGCUGCUGCUGAGGACGGAUUUUUUUCAUUAUAGUUCUAAUUUUGGUCUGUUUUGCGCAAUUAUCCCUUGGAACUGAAACGUGAUUUUUUGGACUUUGUCACGGGGUCUGACAUCCCUCCAAUGGGAGGAUUGAAGGAAUUGAAGUUGAAGAUCCACAAGAAUGGGGACGAACCGACUACGAGGCUUCCAACCAGUCACACCUGCUACAACAUUUUGUUGUUGCCGCAUUACUCGAGUAGAUCGAAGCUGGACUACCUUUUGCGCAUCGCGAUAGCGAACGCAGAAGGGUUUGGGAUGGAGUGAGCUCCGUCAACCCUGAAGAUGCCAUAGUUAGAAGAAGUGACCUAACCUAUGACAACGAUGUACUACAACCUGAACAUGUUCUACAAGAACAUUUCACUUUUUGAGAAUUCAACAAGAGCAUGAACUCACUAUGUAUAUUACUAUAAUAUUUAUUAAUAUCGUCAUACUAUUACUAUAUUUUUUAUCAACAUCAUAAUUUUCAUCCACACGCACGAGGUGCAUGCUCCUCUGGAUAACUGAAGGAC